GACGCGCACUAUGUUUGCCCUGCAAAUUCAAAUGUAUGAUGUGCGAAGAGUAUGGACCCCGAUAACAGCACGUACUGGGCAACUUUUGACCAUGUAUGACGAGCACGCGUGCCGUCACUGUGACUCCACUUUGAAGUCAUUCGUGGAAAAAAAAGUUAAAAUUUUUUUUCUCGCCAACGUUGGCGGCACGAAUGCAUCAUUAUGCAUGCCCGCGUGCUGGGCACGCGUGACGUCAAGUUGUCUGCUCGGCCUGCCUACACAGUGCGGGCAAAAGUUGACGCCCCGGGGGAUCCGAUUUCGGUUAGCAAUGUGUCGGCAUUGUGACGGUACGUCGUGCUGCCCGAUUUCGUCAAUCCGGGAGCACGCAUGCUGGAACACGCGUGCUCGUAUCGUGCCGUAAAAAUGCAGAAAUCCGUGAUUCGCCACGGGCGCGAUUGUGCCAGCACGCAUGCUGGCACGUUGACGACUCGGCGGGCUGGCAUUACGCUUGCAUUUAUGAAGCAUGCAUGCAUUUUCCUGGCGGCACAGCGUGCUGCAAAACUUCGGCACGAGUGCAGCAUAUCCAGGGCAUUUUGUCGACACGCGUAAUGACAUUUUUCAAAAAUUCAUGGCGGCAUUGUGCUAGCCAUUCGUCAGCGCACGUGCCGAAUUCCGCAAUAUACGGUUUUAAUCUUUUUACGGAUUCCUGCGUUAUAAAUUAUAAGGUUUACUGCAAUGUUAUCGGAAAUAAUCGAUUUCAGUAUUGCGAUAAACUUAUUUAUCAAUACUGGCAUUUCUUCAACUCGAGUUUUUAUGCUUAUAAGUUUAAAUUUAACAGCUCAAGCUAUAUAAAUAAACAAAUGCUCGAGCUCUAGCGCCCUUAUUGACCAUAUGUAUUUCAAACGUAAGAUCCCAGGUUGAAAAAAGUGUCCGAAUGGACUGAGUACUGUGCAGCUAAUCGCGGCUAAUGGGUUCAAAGACAUUCUGUGGAUUUUUUUUUCUUUUUAUAUUGGUGCAGGUGCAGGUGAAUCGAUUUUUAUAUCAACCCGCUACUUUUUUUGGGAUUUUUGCCGCUCUAAAUUGUAAUAAUAAUAUAUUGAUGGCAUUUUCACAUUGAACGAAUACACGAUUGUACAUAAGCAUAUACGUGAUAUUUUUAUAUAGCGAGCGGUGGAGGGAUCAAGUAUAGCGGAUUCUCGGAAAAACGUUCCUUUUUGCUUUUGCGACUCGUGCGUUAACAGUAAAAAUCUUGUCACACUGAAUAAUCAUUGAUUAUCAAAAGUUAUCAGUUACAUACACUCGACAAUCACCAGUGCUACCGAUUAAUCAACUCAAUUGGGUAAGUUUAAUAUAUUAUUUUUAUAUGUUUAUUCGGAAAAUUGGGUAAUUUGUUUAUACACGCCGAUUUUCAGGUUAGAAAAAUCGCGCGCGUGUGCAUAGUUUCUUCCGUGAUAAUCUAGCUUUCCGGCUUCCUUCGAAUUUUUCAACGCAUUCGUAUUUUUUGCAGAUUCCAGAAGAGGUUGCUCACCUGCAUUCUUCAUCGCGGUGUCCAGCCGUCCAGCAGGUCCAGAGGGAAGCAGCCUACAAUUUGCGACUACUUCUCUGGAUAUUGAGUUUUAUUAAUCGUUUUUCAUUCUCUCUAAUUCGCUUUAUUCUCUCAUAAUAAUUUCAUCUCAUAUAUCACUCAUACUUUAUCUCAUUCUGCCUCUCAUUCUCAUUAUUCAUUAUAUUCAAUAUAUAUAUUAUAAUACUUGAUGCUAAAUCUCUCUGCCACUUUCUGUUUUUGAGCACAUUGUCGAUCCUGCAACAUCAUCAGGAUCAACCUGCACGCAUCGCAGCUAUCCUAGCAGUACCUGGGAAAUCCAGAGAGAUAAGCAGGAUUAAUCCUAUGUUCCCGUAUAAUUAUAUAAGCUUGCUGAAAAGAAGCAGCAGAAGACCAACACAAUCUACAAGGACAAGUGGCCUUUCAACUUGUUGCAAGGAGUUCAGGCUACUGCUCAGAUCUGGGCUACGCCAAGAGCUUGCUGAAAUAAAGAAGCUGCAGAGGACCACAACAUCCAAGUUGCUGUCAGGAGUUCCAGCUACUACUGCAAGAUCUGGGCUACGCCAAGAGCAAAAUGUCGAAGAAUACGGGAGCAAUUCCAGUGUCCGCUGCACAUUCCAAGAUAUCGGAGUUGAUGUCAUCCACCCCCUCAAGGAGCUUCUUCGCUCAGCCCGCUGGCCAAAUGGCCGUUGCACCGCCGCCUAAACCGCACGCCAAGAAGAACAAGAAGAAUAAGAAAGAUAAAAAAGAGAAGAAUAUAAAGGACAAGAAGAACAAAAAUGAGAAGAAGAAGGACAAGCGCUCUAAAUUAGUGCCACCACCGUCAUCAUCACAGCCCGAAGCAUCGUUGUCGUCAUCGUCGUCGUCGUGGCAAGCCCACAACGACGGUUUCUCUGCGUCGCAGCCUCAACCGACUCUCAAUCAUAGGUUGCAGGAGCAACGAGCGUCGACAUCAAAGCAACAGCAACCACCGAAGCAAGGAUUGUCGACACGCCCUCAGAUGAUGGAUUUUCGUCGACCGAAUGCUGUAGGAAUUGCAGCAUCUUCCUCGACAGCUUCUCUCACCGCCUCCGAAACUGCGCAAAUGGCCAAGAUUUUAGCCACAAAAAUCGAUAAUUUGGACAAAAAUUACAAAUCAGUGGACCAAAGACUCGUCAAGCUGGAGGAAUUAAUGCAUUCCGUGCACGAAAUGGUAAAAGGAAUUACCAACAGGCAGAAGCCAAAGGUGGCAGUUCGUCCUGAAUAUCUGCCUUUUAAAACUUCGGCCGAUAUCGUCGCAUUUGAUUUUGCUGGUGAUGAGGCGUACGACAAACUUGUAAAUUAUCUGAUCAGCCUAGGUGGUGCUAAUUACAUCGACUCAGCGGCCAGAUAUCUGAAUGAGUGCGUCAAGGUAGACGAGGACAUUUUUCGACAUGUCACUUGGAGUUCCUCCAAAAGAGAUGGUGUUCUGGCCUUGAAGGAAAGCAAGUUUGCCAAGGCUUGCAGGGUGGCAAUGCCGUUCGAUAAGAAGACCUUACUCGCGCCACAGGACGACGAUUUUACCAUUGCCAUGACAAGAGCAUUAAAAAGCGCCAAGGAAGGCUUUCGUCGCAAGAUGAAGAGGCCUGCACAAAACCCUGCUCCUUGGGAUCAGCCAGAAGUUCAGCGUCAACGUCUCGAAGAACAGCAACAACGAGAAGAGGCCAACGACCGUGAUGAUGGCGAGGGCAACGGCGCUAAUGCCAAGGACAACGGCGCUAAUGCUGAAGACAACGGCGCUAAUGCCGAGGACAACAAUGGCCAACAGGACAACGAUGGCAGCGGCGACGAGAGCGACAACAGGAGCAGCGACGACAGCAGCACAGACGACAACAGCAGCGGCACCGAGGACGACAACCAUGGACGAGACUCCGACAGCGAUGCCACCGAUAUAUUUGGAGAAACUUAGUUUUAUACUUAAUUUUUUAUAAUUUCAGCCACUUCACUCACUCACUCACUUCUUAUUCUAUUUAACAAAUAUAUUUCUUUUCAGCUAAAAAGUACACA